UAGGCGGUGUUAAUAUUUCAGGAAAAAUCAUUAAAAUAAAUGUUUUGAAGUUAUUAAUAGAUUAGAAGUUAUAACUAUAUUUAUUAGCACCUUUUCUUUAUUGAUUUUUUCAGACGUUUCUCUGAUUUUAAUGUUUUAAAUUCAUCAUUUACAUUAUAAAUAUGUUAUUGUACACAAAUAUCUUUACAAUAAAAAAGCAUUAAAAUCGUACACAACUUAAUAUAUUAGUGAGUAGGUAUUCAGAAUUUAGGACCUUUUGGAGAGAAAAAUGAUUGCAAACUUUAUCGAUUUGUUUGAAUUAUUCCCGCCGCCUGACGUCAUCAAACAUGUCGCCCAACUUAAAGAUGAUAGAGCGAUAGCUUCGUUCUCGGUUUAUCUACUUUAAUAUUUUUAAAAAUGCCGAAUGUGGCUCAAAAUAUCGAAAAAUCACUAUCUAUCGUCACAAACAACCAAAAAACGAAUCCAGAGGUGUUAAAUUUUCAGGAAGCUGCCCUUUUAAAGUUUGUUAUAGGUCCUUUAAACUUCAAGCGAUGGUGUGAAGUAAAACGGCAAUUGAGUUGUAAAUCCAACGAACAGUUUGUCACAAAACUACUAGAUAUUGCUGAAAAGUUCAUAUUUAAAUCAGAGAGGAAAAGCACACCAGUCAAAGAAAAUUUAAAAUUUAGAAAUGGAAAUUCGGUUGAUAAAUACGAAGAAACAGUGUUACAAGAAAGUGAAAAUGAAAAUUUAAAUAAAGAAGUGGUAAAUAACAUUGAAAAUGCAUCUCUUCUCUUAGAAAAUAUAGUAAAAGAAGAAAAACAGAAUAAGAGAAAAAAGACUAAUACACUUAAAAAAGAAAAGCCAAAAGACUAUGAUGCCCGCAAAGUUCCACAACUUCAUAUUCAACAUGAUGACUCAAAAGAUAAUUCAAAUUCUGAAAAUAAAUUCAAACUAUGUUCAAAUUGCAAUACAAAACACAGUGAUGAUCAUUGUCCAAUCUAUUAUCCUAUAUUAAACAUAUCAGAUUCAGUUAGUAAGGAAUUAUGGAGAGAUAAGUACAAACCUAUACAUGACAACCAAAAUUACAAAAAUAUUAAAUGUGAAACUGAAGAAGAUCUGGAUCGAAAUAGAUUUAUUUAUUCAAGAGUCUCCUUACCAAGUUGCCUUAAUUUUAUAAAUACAAAAACUAAUCAUGGAUUGGGUGUAGUUUGUAAAACACAGAUCCAAAUGUUUACUCAGUUUGGUCCAUUAAUAGGUAAAAGCAUAAAAGAAGUGGAUAUUCAGGAUGAUUCAAAUAUGCGAGACAUUUGGGAAAUAGUUUUAGAGAACGGAUAUACUUAUAUUAGUACAGAAGAUAUGGAAACAUCUAAUUGGUGUCGAUUCAUUAGACCAGCUCCAAAUCGAGACGAUCGAAAUGUAACUGUGAUUAUUAAAGAAAAUAAUAUAUAUUUUAUUAAUAUUAAGGUAUUAAAUGAUGGUGAUGAAUUAUUAUACUGGCAAGAUAGUUCGACAUUUACCAGUAAGAAAAAAAUGGGAAAAACUAUUUGUGGCGGUUGUAAUAUGACAUUUUCUCACCCUUUGUAUUAUCGAGCCCAUUGUUCUGUAUUUCAUGACAUUAGGUAUAGUUUAACAAUAAGAAAAUAUCAUUGUAAAAUUUGUGGUGAGGCAGUUUUAGGAAAGGAAAAUAUUAUGAAACAUGCAAUAGAAUUACAUAAUGGACAAGGAGCUUAUCAGUGCCAAUUCUGCAGAAAGUUCUUUUUGAGACUUAAUUACCUUGAAAUGCACCGUACAUAUGGUUGUUCGGCGAAUCCCCACAGAGCUAGACCACUAUGUGAUUUUUGUGGGAGGAAGUUUUGUCAGCCUCAAAAAUUGAAAGUCCACAUUAAAAGGAUGCACAGCAGUAUGACAGAAGUAUUAAAGGAAUUUCAGUGUAAAAAUUGUAUGAAAAUAUUAGGGUCUAGGGCUGCUUUACAGAGGCAUGAGAAAGAGGUACAUCAAAAACAAGGUGACGGUACAUGUUCUUGUGCUAGGUGUGGAAAACAUUUUCAAAAUAAAUCUAACUUGAAAAUUCAUAUGUUGACUCACAGUGGCAUAAAGCCUUUUAAAUGUACGGAGGACAAUUGUAAUGCAGCCUUUACUACCAAACAGUGUUUACAGUUCCAUUAUAAAAAAGGCCAUAAUUAUACAGAGGAAAAUAUGCCUAAAAUUAAACGCAGUGUUGAUUAUACAUUCAAAGCAUAUAGCGGACUUGAAAGUCAAAUGAUUGAUGAUCUAGAUUACUCGGAAAGUAAUAGGGAACAUAAUGAGCAAAUGAAUGAUGACAACGACGAUGAUACUGAUUUGGAUGAUGCUAGUUUGGACAGUAAGGGAAUGGAUGAUCCGCCAGCAUUACAAUCUCCACUUGAUCUUCCCGAAUCACCGCCUCCUCCUCCACCUCCUCCUACUCAACCCCCAGAUUUGUCGUCCCCAAACCAACCAGAAACAUCUCAAAUUGAUUCAUAUAAUGUCAGUGAAUUAUCAAAUCAACCAUCUACUGUUAAAAUAGUCAGUAAAGGAUCUAAAAAAUGGAUAGCAGACGAACCCCAGCUUCAAACUCUCAAAGCGUCAGAUUUCUAUACCAUUGAAAGACUGAGUAAAGACGAUUUAACUAUAGAAGAUAACAACUUGUACGAUCGCAAACUGUCUAAUUUGGCCGAAUUCACUAGACACGAACCGUCGAACGCCAGUUUACUGGUGGAGGCAGCAUUGGAUUCGGUCUGCAAUGAACCCAGGAUUGACAUCGAUGUUAGCGGGGCUUCGAACUGCCACGAUACCUUGGUCAAUAAUCUCUAUUCGUUAACCCAACACAACGAUUUACCGGAAGUGAACUACAGCCUGGAAGAGUCGCGUGAUAUAAGCCUAAUGUCGCCAUCUGUAAACGAUCACAUUUCGGUAACGGACGAGUUGGAUAACGAAUUACAGCAAAACCAAAAUAUCGGACUGGAUUAUUCGAAUUUCCAUCAGGAUGGUUUUAGUCCAGAAAAUAGUCCUACUAGUAUUCAGAGAGCGAACUUUGUGAAGAAUUACAUCAAUAGUUUGUCGCCUGCAAACAACGGUUAUGAAGGAGGCAAUAAAAAUCCAUCCCCAGGACCAAGUCCACCGCGCUAUGGUUUUGGCCACAAUAUUAAUCCUGAAAAUUUGUCUUCCGAUGAGAGUAACGGAAUGGCUGCUCAAAAUCUAAGCCUGCACGCCGCCAAAAACGAUAUUCAACUAGAUUUAUCAAUGUACAAGACUCCUUACAAAACUCCAGAAUAUUUACGAAGAAUGAAGUUUGAUGGAGAAAAUGUUUUAGUUGGGACCACCAGUAACGCAUUAAAUCCUCUAGAACCUGAAGUUGACAUUGUGCAAGAUAUGUCGAACGGGUUACAAGAGAAAGAUGAUCGCAAUAAAUACCACGAUGACUUGUCGGCUGAGAUUAGAAGUAAAUUUGAACUAGAUCUGGAUUUGAGACUGAAGAAUUAUGAAAAUAAUAUAGAGACUGAGUUACUUCGUCAACGCGGAGCCUACGACACUGGUUCUGAUUUAGAAUUUAGGAAUAAGAGUUAUGAUCUCAUAGACACUUUGGAGAAUCGAACAACGGUAGAAACCGAUUUUAGACCGGAUAGAAACUUUGAGCCGUUAGUUCUCAACUCGUCCGAGCUGCAGGGUUUAGAUAUGUCAGCAAGGAGUUUUCACAACUACUCAAACAUCAAUCGUUACCAUCAUUUAUAUCCAGAAGUCGAUAGAGUAGAUUUGCGUUUAAAUUAUACUCCCCCACCCCCACCAUACGAUCUAAUGAGGGUAGUUUCGUUAGACUUAACGCCACCAGGACGACACAGCGUGGAUUUAAGUCUUAGGAGUCACCCUUUACAUCCGAUAGCAAAUACGAGAUUACUUACUGAUCAUACACUACAACCAAAUCAUAGGCUUUUGGAUCAAAGUCGAUUACUAACAGGAGAACUGACAAGCCGAAUUGGCGACACCCGGCUCAUACCUGAAACAAGUGGCAGAUUACUAUCCGACCAUACAACCAAUAGAAUCUUAGGCAACAACGAUCACUUAACAGGAUCAGACCAGACACGACUUCUGACAGAUGAAAGUCGUUUAUUAACAGAUCAAUCACGUCUUCUGGAUCAACGAUCAUUACUUGGAGAUACUCGCAUUCUACCACCAGCAGCGGCUAACGGUACUGUUACACCUCCCAUGCCGCCGUUUGGCAGCUAUACUGGAGUAUCUCAGACACCCUAUCAUCCCACUCCCAUAACACCUCGAUCUCACGUGACUUCGCCAACAAACGUAGGAUAUCAUCAUCCAUAUACUACAUACUAUCCAUAAUACCUAUGUAAAUAUUCUGUACAUAUAGGUAAUGUACUUAUAAUAGUUAUGUCCAAUAGGUUAAUUGAAGGUCAUAUAUUUAUAUGACCUUCAAUAUACUAUUUUCAUGUCAGUCAUUAAUAAAAACUUGUAGUCAACCGCAA